UUUAACUGGUGACGGUGGAACACACUUGCUCAUUUGCACGCUGUUGAAAAUGAACAGAUCCUUUGCUUCAGAACGCAAGAGGCAACUGUUUUUCCAAGGAGUUACGCGGUCCAUCCUGAAGAGUGAUGAGAGAGAUUUUCACUCCUUGUCUCAACUCAUACUGUCGGCAGGCCCUCUGAGGUCAACUCGUGCAGUCAAACAUUCAAAAAGUACUCACUUCGAAAUAGAAAUACUUGACGCUCAGACAAGAACACAGAUAUGCAUUGUGGAUAAGGUGACGCAAGCAGCCACUAUUCACGAUGUUAAGCAAAAAUUUCACAAAGCAUGUCCACAAUGGUGCCCUUCUCGUGUCGGCCUGCAGCUAGAAUGUGGUGGACCAUUCUUGAAGGACUAUGUCACCAUUGAAAGUGUUGCAGCCUCCUCUAUCGUCACAUUGUAUUUUACCGAUCUAGGUCAACAAGUCAGAUGGACAACUGUGUUUUUGGUGGAAUACACAGGCCCUCUACUCCUCUACCUCCUCUUUUAUCUGAGGCUAUCCUACAUAUACGACAUGAAGGAGAGUUCUAGGCGAGCUCGCCACCCUGUUGUACACCUGGCUUGUUUCUGCCAUUGUAUACACUAUAUCCGGUAUCUUUUGGAAACUUUAUUUGUUCACAAAGUAUCUGCAGGACAUACACCUUUGAAAAACUUGAUAAAGGGCUGUGCAUUUUAUUGGGGAUUCACAUCUUGGAUUGCAUACUACAUAAAUCACCCACGAUAUACACCACCAUCAUUUGGAAACAGGCAAAUAGCAGUUUCUGCUAUCAACUUUCUGAUUUGUGAAGCUGGAAAUCAUUUCAUCAAUGUAAUGUUGGCUCAUCCAAAUCACACAGGAAAUAACGCUGCUUUCCCAAGUCCGAAUUAUAACCCCUUGACAUGGAUGUUUUUCCUGGUUUCAUGUCCUAACUACACUUAUGAGAUUGGAUCAUGGAUUAGUUUCACAGUCAUGACACAAACAUUGCCAGUGGGAGUUUUCACACUUCUGAUGAGCAUCCAGAUGUCUCUGUGGGCAAAGAAGAAACAUCAACUUUAUCUGAAGAAAUUCAGUUCAUUUCAUAGGAAAUCGGCAAUAAUUCCAUUCAUAUUGUAAGAAAAUCAAUGAUAUUAAAUCAGAAAAAGACAACCUAUAAUUAAUCAAAUCAAAGAUUGUUAAAAUUA